UGACUCACUAAUGCUAUCUAGUUGUUUUGUGGCUGUUUUGUAUUUUCAUUGUUCCAGUCUUCCUCUCCUGCCGCCUUCUUUUGUGAAUUGAAAAUUUUCCAUAGUGUGCUUUGAUUCCUGCUCUUUAUCUUUUGUGAAUCUGCUGAAGAUUUUUGCUUUGUGGUUACCAUGAGAUUUAUAUAAGACAUCUUAUAACAGUUUAUCUUAUGUGGAUCACAUCAUUGGUUAUAUUUAACUGCAGAUUUAUCUUAAGAAAAGAAAAAGAGAAGAGACAAAAAGGUGAUCUGUUAUGUGAAAAAUAUAGGGUGCAGUUAAGAAAGAAAGAAGAGCACUCUAUUAAAGAAGUUGAAAUGAACCCACCACUUGAAACCACGAUUAGAGCAAAAGACUUCACACUGGCGAUUAUAAGAGACAAUGAGGUUUCUGAGAGUUCUGAAAAAGAAAAAUGUCGAUUGGAUGAAAAGCGCAUGUUGUGGGAUGAAAUUGCCAAGCUAAGACUGGAAAUGGACUCAGUAAAAAAUCAGACCCUGGAAAUGGGAAAAGGAUAUUUUGAGGACAUUGCAAUUGGCAGAGAAAAGAAGAACCAUCCUCAAAAGACAAUAACAGAAACAGUAUCUCAACACAAUGCACAGCUUGAAGUUCUGAGAGCUGAGCUUAGGAUGCUAAAGCAUAAACUGGAGAUUGAACAACAAAACAGAGGAAGACUGGAAGCACAAGUUGAAUCAUACCGGUCUAGACUAGCUACAGCUGUACAGGACCAUGAGCAUUGUCAGGCAUCCAAAAGAGAGCUACAACUUGCUUUCCAGAGAGCAAGAGAUGAAAGUUUUUGUUUAUGGGACAAAAUGAAUUUGGAUAUGUCUAACCUAAAACAUAACAAUGAGAUUCUUUCUCAACGACUUUCUGAAGUGGAAAGUAAAAACAGUAGCUUAGAAAUUGAGCUUCACCACCUAAGAGAUGCUCUCAAAGAAAGGACAUUGGUUUUAGAAGGUGUAGAAAGAGACCUCAGUCAAAAACAGUGUCAAAAGGAGGAAACUGAACACGUGUCUCUGAAGGAGCCAGGUGAAGUGGAUAAAGACACUGGAAAGCAGGAAUCCUUCAUGGAGAGGCUAUCCCACCUACAGAGUGAAAUGAUGUUGCUUCAACAGCAACUGGAUCAGGAUCACAACCAAGCUGACAGAGAAGAAAAGACGGUAAUUAACACCCAAGAUCAGAUUCGGGAUAUCAUAAAAAUAUUUGAUCAUAAAAAUCAAAAGUAUGUUCUUCAGCUGCAUGGAAUAAUGAUGGACUUACUCACCAAAUGGCAUGGUUUUAAAGAAACAAUACAUCAGUAUGAAAAUGAUAAUGCAGAAAGAAAUGUAAGUAUCCAGACACAUAAGUAUUUUUCAAAUUUCCUAAGAGAAAAUUCAGAGUAA